AGUUUAACAGCGCUUAGCGCGCCAGAAUCAAGUUCAGUCGCGCCGCAAACGCGUUGCGGAAAUGUUUUGUUGUGAGCAUCGUCGGCAACAGCAACAGCAACACAGCAGAGCCAACGCACGCACCUUUUGUACGCACCUUUAUGCGCUGCUCCUUCGGCAGCCUUACAAAAGUAAACACAAGAAUUAAACGCGAUAAAAAUUACUACAAAAAAAAUAAAAAAGCCAACAAAAAUCAACGGUUAAUUGCAAAAACAAAUCAGCUGCUCUCUCGCUCUCUCUCGCUCUUUGCUGGAAGACGUCAUGAAGACGCCGGCGCUGCCGCUGACAUCGCUGCUGGUGGCGCUGCUGCUGAGCCAGCGACUGGCGCCGAGCGCUGGCUCCGCGGUGCUCAUCUCGGAUAUGACCAUGACCAUGAUGGUGGAGCUCUCGUCGCGUCAUCCGUUCUGCAAGAUGCACACGGAUCGGGGCGACAUUCAGCGCAUGUUGCUGCAAUCGGAUCCGCGUCGCAUACGGCAGGUGCCGCGCGAGUCUGUCGUGGAGCUGGAGGAGGUGUGCCGGCGUCAGGGCUCCUAUGGGCAUGAGUUUCGCGGCGGGCUCGGCUUCAUAUAUCCGGGCACAAAGUGGUGCGGCCCGGGCACAGCAGCAACCAGCUACGAUGAUCUUGGGCAGCAUGCGCGCGAGGAUCGCUGUUGUCGCGAGCACGACAUGUGCCCGGAUGUGCUCAACGUGGGCGACUGCCGGCGCGGCCUGUGCAAUCGCGGCACCUUCACCCGCUCCCAUUGCGAUUGCGAUGCACGGUUCCGGCGCUGUCUGCAGGCGGCCAACACGGAGACGGCCAACACGCUGGGCGCCAUCUUCUACAAUGUGGUGCAGGUGACCUGCUUCCAGGAGCGCAGCCCCUGCUCGGCGCACCAAAGUCUCACGGUCUCUUGUUGUCUCUUCUCACCCAGAGCCGGCUACAAUCAGACGGAGCAGGAGGCCAUCUGCGCCCAGUGGCAGUAUCAGCCCUCGGAGAAGUAUGUGCCCAGCCAGCCGCGCACCUCGUAGAUGUCGCCAUAGCUGACCGACCUGCAAGUCUACAAAUCUACCAAGCAAAGCAAUUUGGCUAUAGCAAUCAGUUUAACCCGAAUCCCAAUGCAAGCAGCUGUUUACCUGACAAAAAAAAAAAAAACCAAAACCUAAAACAAAACAGAAACCGGUGCCAAAAAAAAUGGGCUAAAGUGAAGCCGCAGCGCUGAGCGCAGAAAAUAUAUUUUCAUAUAAUAAAAACAUACAAUAUACUAUAUAUAUAUAUAUAUAUAUAUAUAUCCAGGAUCUGAGUGCGAAUAAAACUUCAAGCUUACUUAUCAGAAGUUGGCAUAUUUAAA